AUGAGUGCAGUUGAAGUACAAUUCAUAAUAAAUUCAGUUGGGCCUAAAAUUAUUAAACAAGAUACAACAAUGCGCUUAGCAAUACCUGUAUAUGGACGUAUUAUGGUCACUCUCCGAUUUCUGGCAUCAGGCGAUUCUUACAGCAGUCUUCAAUACUUAUUUCGAAUUCCAGUCUGUACAAUUGGCACGAUUGUGAAAGAAGUAACAUUGGCUAUCUACGAAAUUUUGAAGGAGCCUUAUUUGAAAUUUCCGAACACAAAAAAUGAAUGGUUGAGUACAGCUAACUCAUUCGACUCCCGAUGGAAUUUUCCUCACUGUGUAGGAGCGGUUGAUGGAAAACAUGUUUCUAUACAAAAUCCACAUAACUCUGGCAGUCAUUACUUUAAUUACAAGGGUACUUAUAGUAUUGUACUAUUGGCCGUUGCUGACGCAAAUUAUAAUUUAAUAUACUUUGAUAUUGGUUGUAACGGAAGAAUUUCUGAUGGAGAAGUAUUCCAAAACUGUUCUUUGAGUCAUGGUCUCGAAGAUGGAAGUAUUGAAUUACUCGUUCCAUCCCCUCUUCCCGGUAGAGAUAAACCUGUUCUAUUCUGUUUCGUCGCUGACGAUGCUUUCCCUAUGAAACCUUAUAUUUUGAAACCAUAUCCUUUUCAAAAUCAACCAGCUCCUAAUCGUAUUAUUAAUUAUAGAUUAUCAAGAGCUCGACGUAUAAUUGAAAAUGUAUUUGGAAUUAUGGCCAAUAAAUUUUGA